AUGGAAAACAUCCUUAAAACUGGCAAUACAUUCUUGGAUGCCACUGAUAUUUCUCAUACUAUACUGGAAUGGAAUUAUUUUAAUUGUUCAAUCUCUAAGAACAGCAGUAAAAUGGAUUAUAUUACAUUCAACAACACAUUGGAAUGGACAGCACUGCACAGCUAUGAUAUGGCCAUGAGUGAUGAAGGUUACAAUCUGUAUAAUGCUGUUUAUGCUGCGGCCCACACCUACCAUGAACACAUUCUUCAAGAAGUAGAGUCUCAGAAAAAGGCAGAACCUAUAAGACAUUUCACUGCUUGUCAGCAGAUGUCUUCCUUGAUGAAAACCAGGGUAUUUACGAACCCUGUUGGAGAACUGGUGAACAUGAAGCAUAGGGAAAAUCAGUGUACAGAGUAUGANAUUUUCAUCAUUUGGAAUUUUCCACAAGGCCUUGGAUUAAAAGUGAAAAUAGGAAGCUAUUUACCUUGUUUUCCUAAGAGUCAACAACUUCAUAUAUCUGAUGAUUUGGAAUGGGCCAUGGGAGGAACAUCA